GAUGCGGGCUGCGCCCAGGGGCGCGUGCACACAGAGGCCCCGCCCGGGGGCCCGGGGGUCCGGCUGGGCUCGGCCCUCGGGGGCGUGUCCUCUGUGCCGGGGCGCCACCGCCCCGAGAGGCGGGCAAGCGGGUGCGCCCGGGCCGCGGCGGCCGCAGAGGGCGGGCGGCGGCCAGCAUGGAGCGCGAGCUGGAGGCGCUGGCGGCCCGGCUCGCGCGCCCGGCCGAGCCGCCCUUCCAGGCGUUGGUGGAAGCGGCGGGGGGCCGCGGGCAGGUGCUGCUGGUGGGCGAGCUGUGGGAGCGCGAACAGAGCCGCGCGCUGCUGCGGGACUUCGCACGGGCGGUGUUCCCGCCGGAGCCAGGCGCGGGCAAGCCGGGCGGCGUGGCGGCAGAGGGCGCGGGGCCCGGGGCGGCGCGCGGGGCGCAGAGGGCGGCGAGGGCGGCUGGGGCAGCGGGGGCGGCGGCGGCGGCGGCGCGCGCCAUCCGCUCGCCGCUGGUCUUCGUGCUGUGCCGCGCGUCGUCGCUGGCCGCCCGGGAGCCGCGGCGCCGCCUGCGGGAGAUGCUGCGGGACGUGCGCGGCCGGCGGCGGGCCGGGGCGGCGCUGGUCGGGGUGCUGGUGGCCGAGGCCGGGCCAGAGGACGCGGUGGCGCCGGGGCUGCGGCUGCUGGAGGCGCUGUUGCGCGCCGUGUUCGGCCGCCAGGCGGGGGGGCCCGUGCAGGCGGCCGCCUACUGCCCCGGCCUCCCGGCCUCCUGCUUGGCCGUCCAGGCGGCCGCCUGCAGGGCCCUGCAAGCCGCCGGAGCCGGGCAACCAGUGGAAGGAGCCUUGGAGAGGCCAGGCCUCCCCGGACUGCUAGCGUGCUUUUCCUGGGGUCCCUGGAGCCGGAGGAAGAACCAGGAUGUUGCUGCCUGCAGAAGCUCAGCUCAGGAAGACUUCCAGGAACCUGAGGAGGAGCUGGCACUAACAGCCAUAUUUCCCAAUGGAGACUGUGAUGACCUUGGAAGGGGGUCAAAAGCCUGUGAUGGAGUCGUACACACUCCUGCUGAGCCCACCGGAGACUCAAGAUGAAGGCUGGACCCUUGCGCUGUCCCUGGCUCUAACCUACAGACUGGGGCCUGGCUCCGUCUUACCGGCCCCCAGGUCUCCAUGGAGACUGCAGAAACCCCCGCCUGCUGGAGGCCUGCCACACUCACAGUUACCAGCUAGACAGUGGGGCUUACUAAGACAAGCAGGACCUAAAACAGUGUCUCCCCUGGGAACCUACUCCCCACCCAGCAUUUGCUAAGCCUGAUCACAGGGAGGUUAUUUUGUCUGUCUGUCUCGGUUUCUCUGAGCCACUGAGAUGGAUGGCUCUCCGCUUUGAGGCUCUGCAGAGCUGUGGCACCCCAUGGUGUGUCUGCAGUGUUCUGGGCACAUGCAUGGGCACCCAUCGUUGAGAGUGCAGCUGGGAAGAACUCUGAACCAGAAGUCAUCAGAGCUGAGGCAUGGCCUUGAACAUGUCACUCAGUCUCUGGGGCUUCUGUUUCACAAAUGCAUGAGGGGGCCACCAGCCCAGUGGCUUUAAACCAGGGGCAGGUUGUCCCUCCAGGCAGCAUUGGAAAUGUGUGUGUGUUGAGGGGGUCACAGUGACUGUGGGGGCACCCCUGGCAUCUAGUGGGCAUCCCACAAUGUGCAGAACAGUCUCUGACAGCAAAGAAUCGGUCCAUUCAAUGCCAACUGUAGUACCUUUGAGACAUUCUGGCUGAGCCAAUGCCUUCUCCCUGUCAGAGUCCCCCAGAGCAGAGAGGGUCAGGCUUCCGUGGACCUUGGCUCCCAGAGAAAGCCAAAAUAAAGACUACACUGUUGCCUUGGGGGCUUGUCGGGCCAGGGCCAAGACGGUCUGCGUGCUGCAGGGCCAGGACAGAAAUAGCCACACAUGCCGGUGAGAACAAAGAGCCUCUUUCUUUCUCAUGUUGACAUCGACUUUCUGUGCCAAGUCCUUUGGGUAUAAGGAUGCUAGGGAAUUCCUAUAGGCACCAAACAGAAGGAAAGCUAGGGGCUUGGACUACUGGGUAUAGGACUUGCUCUAGCUCUCAGGUCCUAGCCCAAGCUCAAUGCAAACACAGCCCCUCCGGGCUCUCUGUUUCUGUGAGGUUCUGGAAUCCCUUCCUCUGUGUCCGUGAGUCUGACAGAAUCGAUGAUGUUCCCUUAGAGCCGGGAAAUCCAUGUGUUUAUUCACAGAGGGAACUCACCAUUACCUCCCUUGUCUUCUUUGCCUGCCUUGGAGAAAUCCAGAGUCUUCGGAAUGGCAAAGGCAGCUCCUGGAUUUCCCUGGAGGGGAGGCACUAGCUGAGGGAAGUAGCUCCCUUCAUUCAUGAUGCACAGUUUACGCAGCAGACACACAACUGUGCCUACUAUUUGCUCAGUGCCCUGCAAGGUGCUGCCUAACUUUGAUUUGUUAUUUCAGCUCUCUCCAGGAUAGUGCCAAAUGGUGCAAUGGGAAACCUGUUUUGCUGGGGGGCUCUAGAUCACCGGCUCCAGAACUCCCGGCUGCUAGGGUAGCCCCUACCCCCAGCCCCUUGCUCCUGGACAGCAGUGGGUCUCACCUUUAGCCUCUGCCCCCAGUUCUGGUCUGACCCAACAGAGGGGCUCUAUGAUAUUAAGAAGGGGCCCUUCCUGCUCUGUGCCUCAACCUAUUCUCCAUAAUAGGGAGUCUAAUCCUAUUCCUUCCCUGCCUGAUGAGGAUGGUGUGAGGAUGAGGAGGACGGCAUCUCAUUUGGGGUUUUUUGGCAGUGGGCCUCAUUUUAAUCCUUCAGGGCUGCCUGCCAGUAGAUCCAUCCAGCUGCUUCCUUGUAGCCAAGAAUGAGUUCAAUGAAUUGUGAUUCACUGAUUUUAUUGAUUUUGUUUUAAAACAGGGAGACUGGUAUUUUUGAAGCUGCUAUCAUUUUCUAUUUCUUUAUUAAUUUCUUUGUAAUCAUCUUAUUAAAGUUUUCGUAUUUAGUGGGAGAGGGAGCUUUGUUUAAGUUUGGAAUUUGCCUAGGGCAGAAGUUAUAAGGCUUCAUAACCUUUUGUAUGUAUUGCCAAUAUUUGAAACUUGGGAGAUUACGUAUAAAAAAUACCUAGUUUUCUGGGUGGAGGAUGGGGCAUGCUGUCAUCUCAAGUCUGCUGUGGCUCACCCCCACCACCUUUACCCCCUCCCCCGCCCUUCCCAUCCCCCACUGCACUUCACUCAUGUAAGACGUCUGCCCGGUGCUGGUCCAGGCGGGCAUGUGAGUUUGUAGCCUCUGCUCCAAAGGAUGGUUUACACAUUAUUUUUUCAUUACCUUCAGUAUUCCUGUGAAUGGUUCAAGGGAGAAAGUCUUCAUUUACUAAGAUUUGGGUUCUGCCUCCCAAGUGACAAUACAGGGCUGAGAUCCCUCUCAGCUUCUUUGAGAUGUGGCCACCAUAAGCAUCAUCGUUGUAGGGACAGUCUCAUUGCUGUCUUCUAGCAGACAGAAGAGUUAGGUGCCAGAAAGGACAAUCUUGAUGGUGGGUCCCCUCCCUGAAGGACUUUAAGAAGGCAUAAAGGGGUUGGGGUGGAGGGUGGCGUAUGAAGGAGGAGGCCCUUGAUUAGGUCAGUGGUCCCUGGGAGCCAUCGGCGAGAGGCCUCCAGCCGGGUGACAGUCUGGGCUCUCGGGUACUAAUCUUUCUAAUAUGGCAGUGGUUGUGGCACUUCUGACUUGAAUUGAUAAUUCUCAUAUCUAAUAAAACCAAGAAGUACCUCGUUGAUAUCUUAUAGAAAACAAAAUGGAUCUUCUUCAUUCUCCUAAGGGGCUCCUUGCAGAGAGACCCUGGAGAGCAGGGAAGCUUGGCAAAUGGUGGAAAUCUGUGGCCUGAAAGCCUCCCAGCCUCUGCCCUGGGUGACAUCUCCCCUGCCGUACCAGCUGGGAUUUAAAAACCUGUAGCGAGAAAGCAUAAGUAUAUAUUUAAAAAAUGAUUUUUAAAUUUUUAUAGGGACAGGGUCUCACUAUGUUGCUCGGGCUGGUUUCAAACUCCUGGGCUCAAGUGAUCCUCCCACCUCGGCCUCCCAAAGUGUUGAGGUGACAGGCAUGAGCCAAUGGCCAGAUUUUUGAAAAGACAGCAUUCAGCCCAGGAUACAAUGGUGUGUGUGUGAGCAUGUGAGCACGCACAUGCAUGUUUAACCAGAGCUAAAAUAACCUUAACUGAGUCUCAGAGAAUCCUUUCUACUAUUUGGGUCACACUUUUUCUCCUCUCCUAGUGUUUGUCUCCAAACCUUAGUGCACAAGAGUCCCUGGGUUGUCAAACCCAAAACUUAAGGCAACUCUGCAAAGGGGCCAGGAGCUGAGGCCCCAAACCUUUGAACUGAACGAGCCCCCCUUACCCUAGCAGAGAACUGUGGAUUCAGCCUUGCUGGAGAAGACGAAGGACUGCCUGGUUAACUUGAAAGCAGCCUGUACUUUAAAGUGUAGCAAAGCAAAGCUGCAGGCUUUAUUCCCUGGGGUCAGGAGGCCUGGACUUUGUCCUGUUUGUAUGGCAAACACAGCCAGCCCAGUGAGUGAGUGCAGGAAGCUGGCUGUUUGUACCCAAGGGCUGCAUAACCGCUUCUGACCUGGUUUUGUGUGUUAGUGGAUCGAGGAUUGGGACAGACGUGGAAUUUGGCCUGGGCAGCCUGCCACUUGUGUAACCUUGGAGCUCAGGAAAAAAUGAGGUGCAAGGGAGAGGGUGGAUAGCCAGGAUCCCACAUGGACCCUUCAGAUGCCUUUGGUCUGAGCCAGAGCCCUCUGGAUCCCUUAUAUUGGGGCUGCCUAAUUGGGACUGGAGGCAGAGACGGCCCUCCUGGGACAUGCCAUGGUUCACACUGUAGUGGGGGCCAGGAUGUGGGGUAGCUCAGGUCCAAACCGGGGCUGGGUGCUGAAGCCACUGUGGGGCUGUGGUUUUGGCAAGGGUGAGAACCCUCUCUGGUGUCCUUCCUGGGCUCCCCAGCCCCAGCCGGGGCUCCUGCCACAAAUGCAGACGGGGGACUGCCUGUUCUUUGACCAGUGAAAUUCAGAGACCCUCAAGGAAGGCUUGAGGGUCUCUGAAUUUGCUGUCCUCAUCUGCACUUAGAGUAAUGGCACUUAAAUUGCUGUCCUCAUCUGCACUUAGAGUAAUUAGGUGCCUCGCUUAGUCCUGUGACCAAGCCUGAUUUUGCGUGGUGGUUACAGAAACUUAGUCUGUGUCUUGUAGCCCUGAGCUCCUCCUCUUCCUCACCAGUUAACAAUAUCUCAAAGAAGGGUGUUGUCCUGAAUCAUUACCAUAACCCCAGCCUAAGCUCACCCUGACCACCACUGUCCCAGGUAUAUCACCGGCUCCAGAACUCCUGGCUGCCAGGGUAGCCCCCGCCCCCAGCCCCUUGCUCCGGGACAGGAGGGAGUGGGUCUCACCUUUAGCCUCUGCCCCCAGUUCUGGUCUGACCCAGCACAUGGCAGCUCCAAAGAGCGGACAAAACCUUGAAGCAAAGCCAAAGGGCCAGGCCUGAAUGGGAGGUCAGAGGGAAGAAGGCCCAGGAGAGGGUCUAAGCCAGCCCUGUCUAAGAGGAAUCUAACGCAGGCACAUAGGUAGCUUUCUAUGGUGGCCACAUUAGAAAAAAGUAAAAAGAAAUAGAUAAAAUUAAUUUUAAGCAUACAUUUCAUUUAGCCCAAUAUAUCUAAAAUAUCAUUUCAACUGUAAAUUAUCGAGACAUUCUGCAUUCUGUUUUGCAUAUUGUCUUUGAAUCCCAUGAGUUUACACUUAGAGCCCAAUUCAGAUACUACAUUUUCAUCAGAAAAACUUGAUCUGUAUUUAGAUUUAAUUAAAUGUACAGUCGUAAACAUUCACAUCCUCAGAUUGUUUCAGAAAUACUCAAAGGUUUUGCAGUUAUGGAAUUUCUAUCUAUUUUUAAAUUUCAAGUAAUUAAAGUUAAAGUUUAGAAUGCAUUUCCUCAGUUGCACUAGCCACAUUGCAGCUGCUCAAUAGCACUUAUGGCUGGUGGCUACUGUAUUGGACAGCACCCCUCAAGAACAGGGGAGGCCUCGCGCGGUGGCUCAUGCCUGUAAUCACAGCACUUUGGGAGGCCAAGACGGGUGGAUCACCUGAGGUCAGGAGUUCAACACCAGCUUGGCCAAGAUGGUGAAACCCCAUCUCUACUAAAAAUACCAAAAUUAGCCGGGCGUGAUAGCGGGCACCUGUAGUCCCAGCUACUUGGGAGGCUGAGGCAGAGAAUUGCUUGAAUCCGGGAGGCAGAGGUUGCAGUGAGCCAAGAUUGCGCCACUGCACUCCAGCCUGGGUGACAGAGCCAGACUC